ACCUACUCACUCACCAACCCACUCACUCACCCACUCACCCACCCACCCACCACCCACACCACCAGCUGAGAUGGCCUCGCCUGUGGACUUCUCCGGCACGUGGGAGAUGGUGGCCAACGACAAGUGGGACGACUACAUGAAAGUCCUGGACAUCGACUUCGCCACCCGCAAGUUGGCCGGCCUCCUCAAGAUCCGCAAGGAGGUGAAACAGGAUGGUGAUUCGUUCACCUUCAAGACGAUGAGCUCGCUGAGAAACUACGACCUCUCUUUCACCGUCGGCGUCGAGUUUACGGAGCACACCAAGGGCCUGGACAACCGCACCGUGCAGACCACGGUGCGCUGGGAGGGUGAGCGACUUGUCUGUGAACAGAAGGGAGAGAAACCUGGCCGGGGAUGGUCUCACUGGAUACAGGAUGGGCAGCUGCACCUGGAGCUGACUUGUGAUGGCGUGGUUUGCAAGCAAGUGUUCAAGAAGGCCUAGACACAGCCACCAUCAUCACCAGCACCACCACCACCCAGCCCCUCCCCACCAUCCUACCCUCCCCACCCUCCCCA